AUGACUCAAACCGAAUCCACCCCCGUGCACAGUCUGAGCUUGAAGAAGUCAGCAAGCCAGGCUUUUAUAAUAUAUGAUCAAAUGGAUUCUCAGAAUGAAUGGAACAAUAAAAAUAACCGAAAGCUAGAAGUAUCCAAUGUUGCAGAAAAACAGGAAAUUAAAGACAUGUGGACUGUUUUGCCCAAAGAGGAAAUUGAAACAUAUGGGCAGACAAAUGGACCAAGGACUAGAAUUCAAUGCUCAGACACUGAAUUUGUAAACAGUUGGAAAGAAUUAGGGGAAGAGAGGUGUACAAUUUUGAGAACCAAUUUGAAAGAUAACCCAUUUCAGAGUCUUUUGGAGCUGGAUGGUGGGGUGAGAAACAAUGAUCUUAUACUCGAUCUAGUAUCCAUCUUCAACGUCUCUAAUAAGAGUCUAAAUAUCAAUGGUCAUGACUAUAGAGUCACACCUGAAGAAUUUACUCACAUCAUGGGAAUUAAAGAUGGUGUGGAAGAGAUUGAUUUGAAAAAACAUCCUUCAAAAGAGUUAAAGACAUUGUUUGCAGAUAGUAAUCCCUGUCAAUUUACAGUGUCCAAUAAAAAAAUUGCAGUACAUCUUAAAAGCAAUGACAUGAACAUUGCUACAAAAGCUUAUGCUCUGUUAUCCUUGCUUCGUAUUGUUUGUGCACCAGGAAGGGGUAGCUUAAAUGGGAAGUAUUUAAAUAACAUUGAUGAUAUGAAUCACAAGAGGUGGAUGUGUUUGUUUUUACAGUUAUUUUAUAUGAACAAGGCAAGUAUGAAUCCAAAAAAAGAUGUCCUGCUUCUUCACCAUUUCAAAAAAAACGUUGUUGAUACGUUUUUGAAGGAACAUAAAAAGAGAACAGCAGGGUUGCUGUUCACUGUAGGCAAAAGAGUCGAAGUGUGUGUUAAGGUAGGGAAUCUGAAGGUUUGGUUCCCUGCAACUGUUGUAGAAAACUUGGGCGACAAUUCUUUUCUGGUUGAGCAUCAGCAGCCAGGAAUUGGUGAUGAAGCAACUCUUCAUAAAGUUGCUGUAGAUUACCAACACAUCCGACCCUCACCACCUCAUCUCAGCCUCAGGGAUAAGGAUUUUGUUUUGCUGGAAAAGAGAGAGAAUUUUGAUUGGUCAAGUGUAAGGCCACGUAUGAAGUGGAAACGCGGAAAAUGGUUUAUCACUUUCCAGGGACAGGGUGAAUGUAAUUCUGUGAAGGGUGAGAUGGAUGGGAGAACAACUCAGUCCAAACAGCUUGAGCAGACAACCCCUAAACAAUCUACCGUUGUAACCUCAAUAGCAAAUAGAACAAAUCAGACAGAUCUUGACAGGAAUGAUAAGAAUUCACUGCCUUCCAGGAGACUGGAAAAUGAAAUUAGGUCUGAUGAUCCAAGUUUAUCAAGUCAAAACACAAAUGGCCAAUCUCAGGGGUUGGAUACUGAAUGUAGUAAACGAGGAAAAGGUGUUGAACCGAAAACUCCAACAAUGGAUUCUUCAAGAAAGAAGGGGAGAUUGGAAACCGAGCUUAUAGGCGAAGGAGCUAAAGAUGAUCCAGCCAAAACAAGAAGCCACGAAAAUGUGGAAAAAGAUGUUACCCAAUGUAAUGGGAUGACAGUAUCACAAGAGAAGAAACUUAAGCAGUUGAUCAAUGUUGCAGAAGGUGAGACAAAACAAGCAUCUCCAUGUGUUGGGUUUGCACCAUUGACAGUGGUUGAUAAGGAGGGAAAGGAAGGGGAAGAGGAAGCUGAAAUUGUUUCUCCAACUCCAACUCCAAAAAGGAAGAGCGGCAGACCACCUAAAUUACAAGCCAUAAGUCCCGAGAUUCCAGUUUCAGCAGCAGCAGGAGUUGCAGUUAAUGAUGAUGAUCAUGAGAAUGAAGGUGUUGCCCCCCCUGAGAUGGAAAGUUGUCAAAGGUCUGCAAGUUCAGUAACCAAGCCUUUAGAGCAACCUGCUGCAGAAGACAAUAAUGAGAAUGUAAAAGUAUAUUCAUCGAUGAGAGGGAAAGGAGGAAAGCGACGGAUAAUCAGUAUAGACUCUGAAUCUCCUCCAAGUGGAGCAACCAAGGGAGAAGAAGGUUUAGGUUUUGGUGAUAAUUUGCCCUUUAAGAUAAGCAGUCCUACACUGUGGAAGACAAUAGAAUCGAUGGAAGUGUUGCAUAAGAUUCCACAGAAACCACAUUUCCGAGCAUUGGAAGGCGUGAAGGAGAGCGAGCGGGAAGGAGUGGCCAUUGGUAGCAUGGUGACCUUUUCGCGGGUGGUUGACAAGACUUGUGCGCUGCGGUUUGAGGAUCCGAGAAGCGCGAUAGAGGAGUGUUUGGAAACGGUGGCGGAACUGGAACUUCAUGGGUUUCAGGUGGAACUGGUAAGAGAUCGGUUGACACAGUUGCUUCUCAUAAAAGGAGAAGCAGGAGGAGGGGGACCUCCAGCAACAACGUUUGAAACGGAUCACACACAAAAUGGAGGAGGCACGCAUGGAAGGAAACAGACUGGAUGCAGAGAUUGAUGAAAUUGAUACGGAGAUAAGAGACUUGAAGAAGAGACGCAGGCGGCUGCUGUCCAACAAGGAAAAACACGACUCACGGAUGGGUCUUAUUAAGGCCGCAGGGGACCGGCAUCACCAACACCUCACGGAAGUUGGACUGGAUUUUCAUUGCUUGGCAGCUGCCCCCUUUCUUCCAUCUGGCAUCAUUAUGAAUGAUUGAUUGGAAUUUGGAAUGAUCCUUCUCCUUCCCUUCCUACUCAUGUGAUUGUUACUUUUGCACUAAAUUUCUAGUUUUUGAAAAUUUUCGUUAUUGCAUCGUGUAUUUAGUGGAAUGUAGACAUUCAAUCGACAAUUAUACAUGGAGACUCCACAUAUGGAAAGGGAACUAGGGAAGGCCCCCUGAUUCAUAGGG